AUGCUCACCAACCAGACGAAGAUUGGCGAGUGCCUGAAGAGAAUGCAGCACAUGAUGCUCCAGCAGCAAAAAGACAUCGAGGAAACACAAUACAUGCGCGAUCAAGGCGCGCGGGGACCUGGGUCCUAUGAUGAAGAAAUGAGCAUGUAUGGGGAUGACAUGAAGAACCACGGAUUUGGUUCUGAAGGUAAAAAGCGUCGAGGGCGAGCCGCACCACCAGGACGCUGCCACAGCUGCAACAGAGCAGAAACGCCUGAAUGGAGGAGAGGACCCGAUGGCGCCAGGACACUGUGUAAUGCGUGCGGAUUGCACUACGCUAAACUCACGAGGAAGAACACCAUGAAGCAAUCGCAGGGUUCUAACGGCUCAUCCUUGAGGCCGAAAUCGAUGGACGAAGUCUCUCCAAGGCCUCUAUGA